AUGUCCGCCGAAGACGUUUUCGAGGGUGCCAUCGGCAUUGACCUUGGUACCACCUACUCGUGUGUUGGUGUCUGGGCCAACGACCGUGUUGAGAUCAUCGCCAACGACCAGGGUAACCGUACCACCCCUUCGUACGUUGCCUUCACCGACGGCGAGCGUCUCAUUGGUGACGCCGCCAAGAACCAGUCGGCCAUGAACCCUCGCAACACCGUCUUCGACGCUAAGCGUCUUAUCGGCCGUCGCUUCGACGACGCUGACGUUAAGAAGGACAUGAAGCACUGGCCCUUCGCCGUUAUCGACAAGGACGGCUCCCCCUUCGUUGAGGUCGAGUACCUCGGUGAGAAGAAGACCUUCUCCCCCCAGGAGAUCUCUUCCAUGGUCCUCACCAAGAUGAAGGAGAUUGCCGAGGCCAAGAUCGGCAAGGAGGUUAAGAAGGCUGUCGUCACCGUCCCCGCCUACUUCAACGACUCCCAGCGUCUUGCCACCAAGGACGCCGGUGCCAUUGCUGGCCUCGACGUUCUCCGUAUCAUCAACGAGCCCACCGCCGCUGCUAUUGCUUACGGUCUCGACUCCCAGUCCAAGGAGGAGAAGAACGUCCUCAUCUUCGACCUCGGAGGUGGUACCUUCGAUGUUUCGCUCCUUUCCAUCACCGGCGGUGUCUUCGCCGUCAAGGCCACUGCUGGUGACACCCACCUCGGUGGUGAGGACUUCGACAACACCCUCCUUGAGCACUUCAAGGCCGAGUUCCAGCGCAAGAACAAGGCCGACAUCUCGGACGACGCCCGUGCCCUCCGUCGUCUCCGUUCGGCCUGUGAGCGUGCUAAGCGUACCCUCUCUUCCGUCACCCAGACCACCGUCGAGGUUGACUCCCUCUACAACGGCAUUGACUUCUCCGCCAACAUCACCCGUGCCCGUUUCGAGGAGAUCAACGCCGCCGCCUUCAAGUCGACCAUCGAGCCCGUCGAGAAGGUCCUCAAGGACUCGAAGAUCCCCGCCGCCAAGGUCGACGACAUCGUCCUUGUUGGUGGCUCUACCCGUAUCCCCAAGAUCCAGUCGCUCGUUUCCGAGCUCUUCGACGGCCGUGCCCUCAACAAGUCGAUCAACCCCGACGAGGCCGUCGCCUACGGUGCCGCCGUCCAGGGUGCCGUCCUCACCAACCAGACCUCGGACAAGACUGCCGACCUCCUCCUCCUCGACGUUUCCCCCCUCUCGCUCGGUGUUGCCAUGCAGGGUGACAUCUUCGGUGUUGUCGUUCCCCGCAACUCCCCCAUCCCCACCUCCAAGUCGCGUGUCUUCACCACCGUUGAGGACAACCAGACCACUGUCACUUUCCCCGUCUACGAGGGUGAGCGCACCCAGUGCAAGGACAACCGUCUCCUCGGCGAGUUCGAGCUCUCUGGCAUCCCCCCGAUGCCCCGUGGCCAGGCCGAGCUCCUCUGUACCUUCGAGGUUGACGCCAACGGUCUCCUUAAGGUUUCGGCCAAGGACAAGACCUCUGGCAAGACCGCCCAGAUCACCAUCCAGAACUCGGUUGGCCGUCUCUCUGCCGACGAGAUCCAGAACAUGAUCAAGGACGCUGAGACCUACCGCAACGCCGACAAGGACUUCUCUGCCCGCCACGAGGCCCGCCAGGACCUUGAGGCUCAGCUCCACUCCGUUGAGGGCCAGAUCACCUCCCCCGAGCUCGCCUCCAAGCUCCGUCGUGGUGCCAAGUCCGCCAUCGAGGCCGAGAUCGCCAAGGCCCUCGAGGUCCUCGAGAACGAGGACGCCACCACCGACCAGCUCAAGCGCGCCCAGCUCGGCAUCAAGCGCGCUGUCCAGAAGGGCUUCCAGUCGCGUUAA